GAGAGUGAAAGUGGUACUGCUUCGCUUUUUGUUUUAUGCUGACUUAAUGAAAGAGUUAUGAAUGUUGAAAGGACCAACAUGCGUCUUCUACUGAAACAAUAGUGCUAGAGAGUUGCAGCCAUUGUCAUGAAGUGACUGUUGUGGUUUGGUUUUCGAAAUAAUUGUUGAACAUGUUCUUGGGCAGGUUUUGUGUUUGUUGGUUUUUCUUAUUAGAUGUUGUUUGGGGAUUUGCUUUGAUUCAUAAUGAUAGUGCUCCAGUAAACUAUACUCAUGGAAAAAAGGGUAGAUUCUUAUUCAAUCAAAUCUUCAGCUUAACGGGACUUCUCGGAGGAGGAGGAGGCGAUUUUGGUGGUUACGAUGACGACGGCGACGUUGAAACAGGAAACAAUGAAAUUAAAGCCAAGAACUGUUCAUGUGAAUGCGGGGUAUCAAAUCAAGAAAACAGAAUAGUAGGUGGUCGUCCAACUGGUGUUAAUCGAUAUCCGUGGAUAGCAAGAAUAGUAUAUGAUGGACACUAUCAUUGUGGAGCUUCAUUGUUAACAGAAGAAUAUGUUCUUACAGCAGCUCAUUGUGUUAGAAAGCUCAAGAGAUCUAAGAUCAGAGUGAUUCUUGGAGACCAUGACGUCUCAACGACCGCAGAAAUCCCAGCAAUGAUGAGAGCAGUGUCUUCUGUUAUAAGACACAAAGGAUUCGACGGUGAUACCUUCAAUCACGACAUAGCUCUUCUAAAAUUAAGAAAAAAAGUUCAAUUUACCAAACAAAUUAGGCCAGUUUGUUUACCAAAGACUCGUGAACCAUCUGGAAAAACAGGCACAGUGAUUGGAUGGGGUAGAACCUCAGAAGGUGGUAUGUUACCCAAUAUAGUACAAGAAGUUGAAGUUCCUAUUUUGACACAGACUCAAUGUAAAAGUAUGAAAUAUAGAGCUUCUAGGAUAACAAGCUAUAUGUUAUGUGCAGGAAAAGGCACCCAAGAUUCUUGUCAAGGUGACAGUGGUGGUCCUCUCCUAGUACACAGUGGAGAUAAAUACGAAAUUGCAGGUAUAGUUUCAUGGGGUGUUGGAUGUGGAAGACCGGGAUAUCCUGGUGUGUACACAAGAGUUUUCAAAUAUGUAAAUUGGCUUCAUAGAACCUUAGAAGACAGCUGUUUUUGCAGUUAAAACAAAUAACGAUAUUUAUUUAUUUAAUUAAAAAUAAAUGAUUCAA